AUGAAUUGGGUAAAGUAUUGCAUGAAUGUUAAAAAUAAAGUUAAAGAUUUUUGGUCUGAAGGCGAUAUUAAAUCUUGUAAAGAUCUUGAUUUCUUCGCUGAUAAACUGACAAAUAUAUUAUAUGAUUGUUACCAAAACAACAAUAAACCCAUUAAAAAAAUUUUAACUUAUAAAUCUCGCUGGCAAACUCCCACUCUUCUUCAUCUUAGAAAAGUUAGCCUGAAGGCAACGUAUCGAGCAAAUAAUUCUAACUCCGUGAAACUAAAAUCUAUUGCCAAAUCAAUGUCAAAGAACUAUAAGGAAGAAUGUAAGAAAGCGAAGUUCCUAUCAUGGAAAGAAAAAAUGGAAGAAAUUGACUCCAUCAAAGAAGCUUCCAGAUUUCAAAAGAUUUUCGAGAAAAACUCUUCUUCAAAAAUAGGCUCACUGAAAAAUGAUAACGGUGCUUACACCCAAAAUCACAAAGAAAGCUUGACACUUUUGCUUGUAAAGCACUUCCCAGAAUGUGUACUAAUCAAUAAUGAGAAGGUUAAAGCACCCAUUUACUAUUCCAUGCAAAAUUGUUCAUGGACGAAUAGUCACUCCAACGCAUUAUCACAAAAGGUAGAAGCAGCCAAUAUCAAUCAUACUAAUGACAACAUUUCUAAGUUCUAUUCCUACAAAAGAUUCAAAAUCGACAUAUCUGGAACUGAUAAUAUCGCGAUUCUCAUUAACAACAAAAACUCCAUUUGGUACACGGACGGAUCCAUAAAAAAUGAAAAAGUUGGAAUCGGAAUUUACUGUCCUAAAAAGAAAUUGGAAUGGUGUAAAAGACUUCCAAAUUACUGCUCAAUUGUCCAAGCUGAAAUCAAAGCUAUUCAAAUGGUGUCAGAUUAUUACAAUGACAACAAAAUUAUGAAUGAAAAAGUUACAAUCUUCACAGACUCACAGUCCGCUCUAAGAGCGCUCAUGAAAUUUGAAAUUCAAACCGAAGUGAUGACGUUAGAAUUAUUAGGACUUCGGAAAAAUGACUUAAGAAUCGCUAUAAGCAUCCUUACUGGUCAUAGUUGUCUCAAUCAAUUCUGCAAAAUAGCCCCUGAGACCAUGAGUCACAUACUUUUUGACUGUAAAUCGCUUACCUAUCAGAGAUAUGCCAUCCUAGGACAGCGCACUAUUGACAACACCCUUGCUAACACCCUGCCCUUAAAUAGUUAUAUUAGACUCAUCAAGAAAAUUGGUCUUGACAAAUGCAUGACUAAACACAGAAAUUCUUAG